AUGACACUUGCUGAAGAGAAUUUAGUUGGACAAAAACCUGUUGGCCUUUUCAUUGAUGGUCAAGACACCGUUUACGUAGUUAAUCGAGAAAGUGGCCAGAUUUUGUUAUGGUCAAAUGGAUCUUCAACUCCAACAAUAACUAUUUCGACAAAUUUGACCAAUAUAUGGAGUCUUUUUGUCACAAUUGAUGGUGACAUUUAUGCUGAUAAUGGCAUUGAGAAUGGUUACGUCAAUAAAUGGACACUCAAUGGAACAAGAAAUGGAAUUGAAGUAAAUAUCCAUGGUUGGUGUACAGGUCUUUUCGUCGGCAUCAACUAUCAUUUAUAUUGUUCUUCGACUAAUAACCAUCAUGUGAUUACGAUACCACUCAACAAUGGCCAAACUGUACCGAUAGUAGUGGCAGGCACAGGAUGUUCUGGUCCUGUGCCUAAUAUGCUUGAUCAUCCACAUGGUAUUUUUGUCGAUAAUAAACUUAAUUUAUAUGUAGCCGACACUGGUAAUAAUCGAAUUCAAUUUUUCGCACCUGGUAAAAAGAAUGCUAAAACAAUUGCUGGCUUUGGAGCAAUUGUAUACUUCAUAUUGAAUAGGCCAACAGAUAUUGCACUCGAUGCCGAUGGCUAUCUAUAUAUUGUGGAAAGUGAAAAUCAUAGAAUCAUUCGAUCAAUUCCAAAUGGCUUUAAAUGUUUGGUAGGAUGUGCUGGUGACAGUGGAAAAACAUCAAGUCAACUGAAUUAUCCACAAACAAUGACUUUUGACACAAUGGGGAACAUAUUUGUGAGUGAUUUCAACAAUCACCGAGUUCAAAAAUUCCAGUUAAUAAAAAAUUUAUGCGGUAUGUCUAUUUCUAUUAUAGCUGAGUAA